AUGACAAAACAUUUUAAUCGUCACAUGCUAAUUCCCAAAGAAGAUAAAACAUUUGUAAGCGAUCAACAUAUAAUUUGGCUUGAGUGUGUUACUGAAAUAUAUCAGUAUUGUCGGAAUAAUGAUUUAAUAUUAGUAUGGAGCUAUCUUUGGUGUGAGUGGUAUUCUCCAAAUCAAUGGAUUCUUUGGGUACAAUCUUCAUUUGAAGAAAUUGGUAUUUUGUGCACAACCAUGGUCCAUCGUAAUUCAAGAUACCCAUUAAUUUCAACAUCUCUACAUAACUCCUGGCAAGAAAUACAUUCGGCUUGCAAUCUUGAAAAACCUGAUAAUGAUUAUCUGGUUAAUAAUAAUGACGUUAAUAAUGAAUCUUCCACUAUAAAUAUAACUCAAGAAAUUUAUGAAACGAGUAGUAAUAAUAAUCUUAUGAAUGAAAUUGAACAAAAGCAUAUACUGCUAUGUUAA